AUGAACCCAUAAACCUAUCAAAAUCUAUCUGUAUAGGAGAAUUUCGUUAUGACGGAGACAGACUAAAAGCAUCUCAAAAUGAAGAAUAAAUCAUAUAUCAUUCCAUCCAAUUAAAAAAUGCCGCUUUAAUUCCAGCCUAUAGCAUACAAUAUAAAACUCAAAGAUAGAGUAGCAAAGUAUGAGUUUGAGAAUACAGAUGAUUAAAACAACAUUACUUGCAAAAUAUGCUCUGAUAUUUUAGUUGAUGCAACUAGCUGUAAGAAAUGCAAAGCGGCAUUUUGUGUUAGUUGCUUUCAGGAUUACGCUAAUUAAAAUUAAAAUUCAUGCCCAUACGGGUGUAAGAAUGGAGUUCUUGGAGGCCCAUUUCCAAGGAAAUGUGUUAAGGCACUAAAAUGUAUUUUCGAUCAUUCUAGGAUAUGUAAUGUAUCAGCAUAUGAUAAAGUUUGUGAAUUUUGCAAAAAAACUUAUAAAUCAACACUUAAAUAGGAACAUUUUGAUAAUUGCGAGUUUGUUCUAGUCAAAUGUGAAGGUAUAGGUUGCAAUUUUAAAGCUUCCAGAAGUGAAAUUACCAAGCAUGAAGAUACGUGUGAGCUCAUAUGCUAGCAAUGUAUCAAAUGCAAAGAAAAUGUGCCAAAGAUACAUUAAAAGAUUCAUGACUGUGUCGAUGCUCUUCGAGCGAGAUUCAAGAAAAGAUCUGCAGAAUUAACAGGACUCACCAAAAAUGUUGAGUCCAUUACGCUAGACAUUCAUAAAUAGUAAUGCAUUCUAGACAAACUUAACCAGCUUAAUAAUGAUAAAAUGAAGAAAAUUGGAGAACUAGAAAGAUGUAUGUAGCUAAAAAGAUCGAGGCCUCCACCUAAAUAGUAUAAUUAUUAUGACCACGAAAAGAGUUUCAGUAUUUAAUCAGACAUUAUCAGCAGUCUCAAGAAAUGCAGUGAAAUAGUUGCUGGACAACAUAACGAUUAGCCUAAUUAACAAAUAAACUAAGUCAACAUUGAAUCAGAUAGUUAUAAACGUCCUCAAUAUAAUAAUAGCAACUGUAGUUUCAAGCAGUAUAACAACAAUUACAACAAUAAUAAUAACAGCUCAUUUAAUCAAAAUUUUCCAAGCUAGAACAGUUGGAAUUAACAUUAGAGAAGCAAUAGUGCUUAAAGCUUUGCAAGCAAUUUUGGAUUUUCUUCAGCUGGUCUUACAGAUUUUUCCUAAGGAUAAGGCAUGAAUCGAAAUAAUUAUGGUAAUAAUAGUACCAGAGGUUAUCCUGAAAAUAACAAUGAGAGCUGUAGAUGUCCAAUAAGAAAAACAAGCAUGCCGAUCGUAGGUAAAUGCCACCAGUGUAAUUUUUAGCUAUGCAAGAUAUGCAAAUAUGUUUGUGAAUCUUGCAUGACAUAUGUGUGCCAGAAUUGUUAGAAUUAAUGUUAGAUAUGCUUUAAGAUGCUAUGUAGUAGAUGCUCGUGCAAAUGUAAAAAAUGA